AUGCGAUAUGGAGAACUGAGAGUCGAAUUAACUCGUAAGCUUCCCUAUCUCAACGGAGUCCUAAACGAGGGUCUCAGACUAGGAAACCCAGCUCCCAUCAGGGUACCCGUGAACACCGCCCCUGGUGGGCUUCAGUUUGGGGAGACGUAUGUUCCUGGAAACGUCGAGCUAAAGGUACCUUUCCGGGUAAAUUUAAAAGACUCUCGAUGGUUCCCCAAGGGGGAUCGCUUCAACCCAGAGCGCUGGACUGGGGAGAUGCCUGAGCUGCUGGUUACGAAUGAGUCGAAGAUUUUGAUCGCGAAGACUGUUCAUGAGUUCAACAUCUUGCCAGGGGAUCAGUAUGAUGAGGAUAAGUUUGUCCAAGGAACAAAGGAGUACAUGGGUGCUCUGCUCCCGUCGCUGUACUUGAAGUAUGUUCCUAGGGUGGAGGGGAAUCGUAAAAGUAGCUAA